GCCACACAAGUGGAUUUGGGCUGCGCCUGAACCGGUGCCCGUACUUUGACAGAUUGUGUGGAGCAAGCGGAGGGGCCUGAUUUGGUGCUAUUUCUUUCCUGAAGUCCAGCGCCUGCAGUCGCAUGACGAGGUGCUAUUCGCUUCUCACCAACCACAAAUCUCCAGAAUACACCUGCACCAACGCGAUAUUGAAAUUCCAACAUUGGCAGACACGCAGCUUGCUUGCCUCCAGGCUGCUAUAUAAGUAGUCCUCGUGUUGGAGAGGCUUGCCGAUCUUUUUGGUUACGAGCUGUUCUCCAGAUGUUGAACCUCGCCGGAUGCGCACCGCCUUGGUCAGAGUGAUCUUUACCGGCCCGAAGAACAAGUGAAGGCUAUCACAUCUAAGUGACUCUUGAUCCGAUCUCACUCCCGGCCACACCAUGCCUCCCCCUCCCCCUCCACCACCGCCGCCUCCUCCUCCUCCUCCUCCUCCUCCUCCUCCUCCACCAGGCAUGGGAGGGCCACCUCCUCCGCCUCCCAUGCCUGGGAAUGCUCUACCUGCCGCUCCGCCAAAAGCAGUCGCCAAAGGGCGGGACGCUCUGUUGACAGAUAUCACGAAAGGUGCAAGGCUAAAAAAGGCUGUCACACAUGACCGUUCGGCACCCGUAGUUGGCUCAACAUCUGGCAGCGGUGGAGGAGGGCCUGUAGGAGGAGCACCUCCUGUACCAGGGAUGAAGGCUCCCAGCAGUCUCGCACCACCAGUACCAAGUGGGAACCGAGCCCGCAGUAGCAGUGACACUGGAUCAGAUGCUACAGCAAGUCUCGGAGGCGCGCCACAGUUGGGCGGAUUGUUUGCUGGAGGCAUGCCGAAACUGAAAAAGACUCGAGGAGGAAUUGCAACCGGUGCUGGACAGGACGGUGCUCAUUCGGACUCCGAAACUACGCAUACACCCUUUUCUCGACCUUCCUUAGCGGCCGCACCGCGUCCGCCUUCGAUGCCAGCUCCUCCUAUACCGGGUGGCAGACCUCCUAUUGCCCCGUCCAUAGACUCUGCGCCGGCAGUCCCGAGUCCGUUGGCAAACCUGAAAAAGCCUCCUCCAAGGCCAACAGCGAAGUCUUCGUCAGUGGUAAAUCUUGCUGCUGGAAAACCUCCACCUCCUCCACCGACGUCGAGGAAAGUGAGUACAGCAGCACCACCGCCUGCUCCUCCUCCACCGCCACCACCUCCUGUAAGCUCGAGUCCGGCUCCUCCCUCAGCACCCCCUCCUCCGCCCUCAAUAAGUCCAGCUCCGCCAGCACCACCACCUCCUCCUCCGCCCCAAGCAGCACCUUCUGCACCUCAAGCACCACCUCCGCCACGUUUUGCUGCAAGUCCAGCACCCCCUGCACCGCCACCGCCUCCACCACCAAGCAGUGCACCGUCUUUUGCUGCAGCACCACCACCUCCUCCGCCUCCUCCGGGCCCACCUCCACCACUCACCUCACCACCGACCACCAAUGGCGGGGGCCCGUCACUAGCAUUGAAAGCUGCAUCCGCUGCCUUCGGGAGACAGCCCUCUUAUGGAUCAUUUGAGGCACCUCCAUCGCCUUCGUCGCCUGCUGUGUCGCCACCACCUUCUCGAAGGAUAUCACAGCUCCCAACACGAUCAACUUUAGACGCCAGUGCCUAUACGUUGACGAAUGGAAGCUCUCUUGGGUCUCCAGGGCGAAGUGGCUCCUUCAGAGUGGAAGACUCUAGAUGGAAAUUCCAGGACGAGAGCCAACUACCACCCCCGAGACAGUUUACGGGAAUUCCAAAAAGGUAUCGAGCAGGGAGAGGAAGUAGUGUUCCUCUUGAUCUUUCACAAUUUGAUUGAGCUGUCUACUCCAAAUCGAACAUUACGGACGGACUGGAAACCCUGAGUUUCGACGACCGAUGCUGAACUCUGUGCGGCAAAGUACACGAGUGAAAUAGCGUUACGCAGCUCCUUGACGAUCGAGGUGUUUGCUCGACAUUCACAUAUGGCUGUCAGCACUGCCGUUCAUAGUGGCGCAGAGCAGCAGUUAAUACUGGCACACGGUGAAAGCAGCUCCGCUAGAACGCAAUAACGGGUGCCACUCUCGGUUAGCACACGGCUAAGACUCAACAAGGAAGCAUAAG